CUCCUGUCAGGACUGGUGCUGCUGCUGCUGCGCUCCUGGAGGAAUCCUCUCCUCCUCCCAUCGUCUCUCUUUUGGUGUGGAGGGGGUGUGUAUGCAGCGGUGAAGUCACAGUGAUGUCAUUUUAGGAUGUGAAAGUCGAGGGCAAGGUGAGCUGAUUUUGCAGUGAGUGCUGUCCCUCCCCGCCCCCCCUUCACUGCCAGCGUUGCCUGCGCAGAGGCGCGGAGCGGCGAAAGAUGGUCAUCGCCACCAGCUCCAAUCCAAGCUCCGACGCGCUCUGCUCCUUCGCUGCUCAGAUCUCCGGCUAUGGAGCCCUGAUCUGCACUGAUCCCCAAACCAGCUUUUGCCACCACCAUGCCAAAGGACGGAAAAUAGGAAGAGUUGCGUUUUCAGGGCAGGUAACUUUGACCACGUGCCCCAAAGUUCAAGUGAAUGGCCGUUGCGCCAAGGUGCCACAGCAGUAUCAUGCGCGGCGGGGUCAGGACGCACCGGACGCUGUCAGCACUGGUUGUACUGUGGACAUUUCUGUGGGGAAUCGUUUCUCCUUAUCCGGUUCCGAGCAGGACUAACGCAACUUUGUUGGAAAAGAAGUGGGAGACCCUCUUAUCCCGCUCCUACCUGGGCAUAAACGGGGGCAAAUCGGAAUUAAGCUGGGAGAGUGACUAUUUGCAAGGCAUCAAAAGAGUGCGGAGAUUAUACUGCAACGUGGGCAUCGGGUUUCACCUGCAGGUGCUUCCGGAUGGCAGGAUAAGCGGUGUGCACAGUGAAAACCCAUACAGUCUGAUUGAGGUCUCCACGGUGGACCGAGGAGUGAUCAGCCUGUUCGGAGUGAGGAGUCAGCUGUUUGUCGCAAUGAACAGCAGGGGAAGGUUAUACGGAACGAAAGUCUUCAGGGACGAGUGCAAGUUCAAGGAGAUGUUGCUGCCCAACAACUACAACGCCUACGAGUCUUUUGUUUACAAGGGCUUCUACAUCGCCCUCAGCAAGCAUGGCCGCGCAAAGAGAGGCAACAAGGUGACCACCACCAUGACUGUCACUCAUUUCCUCCCGCGGUUAUGAGACUGACUGACAAUAAUCCAUCGAUUUGCACAUAUGGAUGCUCUUCCAGCUACUUUAGCAAUUUAUAGUAAUACUAUACACACAUAUGGACUGCAAAAGGAAAUAUUUAUUCUGGUAUAGCUCACUAUAUAUGUAUAUUUGGAUAGCUGUCUUUGUUUAUGUAUGCCACACUGUGCUGCUGAUUGUUUUUCUGGACAGGGAGAGUUGAAGCCUCUGCCUGCCUCACUUUGACUUGGUGCUUGCUGUAACUAAAAUACACGUCAACUUCGGUCGCUGAAACGGAUGAUGAGCUAUAUUCAGAACUUUUAAGGGUGAAACAAAUACUUUUUAUUACCUCAAAGAAACACUAGAUUAAGGGAUGCAUGGAGUUCUGCUCAAAUAUCUGCUAAUGUUUAAUGUUUUUUGAAGACUACACGCUUUUGUGCUUGAUUGUCAGUGUCCUGCAGUGGGGGAAACUUAAAUGCACUACCUUUGCUGCACGAUUUAAAGGUGCCUUGAUGUUCCCACUGGUGAACCCCUUAAGCUUGCAUGUAAGAGACACCCAGAGAAGUCAGAAAUAGGGCUGACACUCCAGAGGGGGGCCUCAAAGGAGGGAGGGGGGUCUAUCUCUGGUUUAUUUUCUUUACUGUAAUUAGAUCGAUUAAAGAAUGAAAAAACCUGUGGUUGAGACCAGAGAACGGUCAGCCAUAGAAACUGGCAGGAGGCCAUGAGUCUGACAGCGUGACAUAUCCAGCGAACAAACAGGGUUUAAUACUUAUCUAUCCCCAGCAUGGAGAAAGGUUUUGAUGGCUUUGCUUCUGCACAAGCACCAGCUGAGCGGAUAAUCGUUCCUGCACAAUGACAGAGCCACAAAAGGUUUGUGGGUUGCUAUUUAUUUAUUCUUUUUGAAGAUGCAAAGCACCCCGCCGUCUGCUACAAAGAUCAAAACGGUUAAACGCAGUAGCACAUUUAAAAGAUCAGAAGAUUUUUGGGUUCUGCAUAGUGGAUCGGUAAGGAUUGUACAUAAAGGCUUGCCACAGUUUGUCAUUGGGUCGCUGCAUGAGCUGGAGGAUUGAGGGAGCCCUGGGCCUGUCUGUCUGCUCUGCAGCAGCACUGCAGUGGCAGUGAAGUAGUGGAAGCUGAAGGCAAACAAGUUUAAAAGCAACUACAGAUGAGCCACUGGUUUACCUCCAAAGACUAAAGGACGGGGCAUUUAGUAGACUACAUGGACAGCAUUAAACUUUCGUGCUUUGCAUAUACAUUUCUGUUCACUCAACCUUGAAUUUAUUUGUUGAAGCUGGUCAGCCGUCCACAAAGCUGAGCUGUCAGUGUGUACAAAUAUCUUUUUGCAUAUUGUUAAAAUGUUUUCCUUGCCUCAUUCUUUAAAUUCCCAAGAGUCCGCUAGAGUGCAUCAACCCAUAGUUUCUGCAGCUGCUAACUUAAAAAAGACGCACGGCUCAGUAUAUCAUCAGCCUCUGUCCGUUCCUGUGCAAGAAGCUCGACUAUUUAAAUCCAGGGAAGACGUAUGUCUUUGUUGUUUUUUUCGAACCCUCUGCAGGAAUGCGGGUCUGCCAGGGUGACAAGCAUCUUUUUACAUACCUGAACUCCACCGUCUGUUUUCUACCUCUGGUAGCCUGUAAUCCCCCCACCACAACCUUCAAUGCCACAACUCACCCAAUCCAGACAGGGACCUUGGGAUUCUAGAUUCCUCCUCUCAUUUCAAACAUUUUUAGUUGAAGGUUAUUGACUAGCUCCUCCGAAACCUGUUAUGAGGAACAGAAAUUUCAAAAUCACAACAGCAUCUUCCUCAUACAUGGAUCUCUCUCUCUCUCUCUCUCUCUCUCUCUCUCUCUCUCUCUCUCUCUCUCUCUCUCUCUCUCUCUCUCUCUCUCUCUCUCUCUCUCUCUCUCUCUCUCUCUCUCUCUCUCUCUCUCUCUCUCUCUCUCUCUCUCUCUCUCUCUCUCUCUAUAAAUAUAUACUAGUACAUAUACUAAGGCUAAAUGUGGAGAAAAAGGAAAUUUAAAGUGUAUGUUGAAGGUUUUCUGAACACAAUGUGCAUCUUUGGCGAGCUCAGCUGAGAAAAAAAGAUGAAGCAUCUUCAGCUUUUGAUGGUUGACUCAAAAAUACGGAUGCCUAAAAGAGAAAAAGGUUGUGUCUAAACCCAAACCCCUUUCAGCUUUGACCAAAAACAAAAUGCAUCUGCUGAGUCAUUAGUUUUUCCCCACAUCAUUUUAAUCAUUAAAAAUGUCAAGGUGAGGAAAUAUUUCUUUCAAUGUCAACCUAUUUUCAUGUCCAAAUGGUAUGAGGUAUGAAAAUAAGAUAAUGUUAGGCGUUGGGAACUCUGUUCGUCUCCUCUGUUCUCAUAUACCUCACCCUCUGCCUUAGUUUGGUUUGCUGAUGACUGUAAAUGAAGAAGAAGAAACUCGCUUAAGUUAUUUGUUUCUGAAAAAAAGACAAUGCUGAGUAAAAUUUUCCUUUUAUUUUUGUACGUAUGUGCUGUGCACAGCAGUCUACUGUAUUCCUAAUUAUAAUAAAAGUUUUGUUGUUUUUUUUUUUA